AUGUCGUCUUUUGGUCGUUUCUUCACUGUCACCACCUAUGGUGAAUCACACUGCAAAUCCGUGGGCUGCAUCGUUGAUGGUGUGCCCCCAGGAAUGAGUCUCACGGAGGAGGACAUCCAGCCACAACUGAGCAGAAGAAGACCGGGCCAAUCCAAGUUGUCCACUCCCAGAAACGAGAAGGACAAAGUCAUGAUCCAAUCUGGUACAGAGUUCGGCAAAACGCUGGGAACGCCCAUCGGAAUGCUCGUGUUGAACCAGGACCAGAGACCACACGACUACACUGAAAUGGACUUGUACCCUAGACCAUCGCACGCGGACUUCACCUACCUGGAGAAGUACGGCGUGAAGUCGUCUUCCGGGGGCGGUCGUUCGUCUGCCAGAGAAACUAUCGGCCGUGUCGCUGCUGGCGCAAUCGCCGAAAAAUUCUUGAAAAAGGUGUCGAACGUCGAGAUCGUGGCGUUUGUGACUCAAAUUGGUGCCGUCAAGAUGAACCGUGACCCUCAGGACGCCAAGUUCCAGCACGUCUUGAACACCAUCACCAGGCAGAAGGUCGACAGCAUGGGUCCCGUUAGAUGCCCAGACUCCUCGGUCGCCGAAGACAUGGUUCACGAAAUUGAAAAAUACAGAGGCAAUCAGGAUUCCAUUGGCGGUGUCGUCACCUGUGUCAUCAGAAACCUGCCAGUGGGUCUCGGAGAACCCUGCUUCGACAAGCUAGAGGCUCUACUUGCCCAUGCGAUGCUCUCGAUUCCAGCCUCCAAGGGUUUCGAGAUUGGUUCCGGUUUCGAGGGCGUGCAGCUGCCAGGGUCCCAGCACAACGACCCCUUCUACUUCGACGAGGAGACCAAGAGACUGCGUACCAAGACCAACAACUCUGGUGGUACCCAGGGUGGUAUUUCCAACGGUGAAAACGUGUACUUUUCCGUGCCUUUCAAGUCCGCAGCUACGAUCUCGCAAGAGCAGAAAACUGCUACCUACGACGGUGAACACGGUGUACUAGCGGCCAAGGGCAGACACGAUCCUUCUGUCACACCCAGAGCCGUGCCCAUUGUCGAGGCCAUGGCCGCCCUGGUGCUCGCUGACGCUUUGUUGCUUCAGAAAGCACGUGACUUUGGCAAGAGCGUUGUUAAUUAA